AACGGACCUACCUACAGCUACAGAUACAAACACCUCUAGAUACACCUCUAGAUACACCUCUAGAUACACCUCAAUCCCACUACCAACGCCCUCCAAACAAAGUAAAGGUUCACCGGGGGCUGGCCUUCGAGCUCACCACUCUGUCAACAUGGCGCCAGGAUUGUCUCUUUUCUCGGUCAACGCUUUUGUCAUUCUAAGCAUUGAGGAUGGCUCCAGGCUCUUUGCCAAAUACUACACUCCUCCCCAUAAUGUCGUGGCAGGAUUCAAGGAUGGCCAGGUCCCCGCCGAGAUGAACCCGUACCCAGACGUCAAGUCGCAAAAGGCCUUCGAAAAGGGGUUGUUGGAGAAGACGGCUAAGCAGACGGGCGACAUUAUUCUAUACGACAACCGGGUUGUAUUGUACAAGAUGGAGAGCGACUGCAUGCUCUACCUGGUCGGUUCCGUCGACGAGAACGAGGUGCUUCUUUACAACGCCAUCCUAGCACUCCGCGACAGUCUGCAUCUUCUAUUCAAGCAAGCCGUCGACAGGAGGACCAUCACGGAAAACCUAGACCUCCUCUCCCUCGCCGUCGACGAGAUUGUCGACGACGGCGUCAUCCUCGAGACGGACCCCACCAUCAUCGUGCAGCGCGUCAGCCGGGCGCCGGCCCAGGACGUCGAUCUCCGCCGCAUCGACCUCAGCGAACAGGGCGUCAACAACCUGGCGCAGUUGGGCCGGUCCAAGCUGGCCGAUUGGCUAAGACAAGGUCUAUAAGGAAGGAAAGAAAGAGACAGAGACGGAGCGUCAAGGGGGCAGGGGGGCAAGGGCGAGGAACAAAGGGGAACAAAAGAGGAAGCGCAUCUUCGGUUGCCACGGAGUUUUCUAUCGGAUUCAAUUGUCGGUCUCGGGCAUGUUGUCGUUUUUCUUCUUCUCUUGUUUUCCCUCGUGCCAUUUGCAUCAGACAGGAGGCAGGGCCAAAGAAAAAUAAACCAAAGCAACAUGCCAACUCGUACAUGAUUCGACGUGGGGAGGACCAGCACAUCCUCGUUCCUCUAUUAUGAUCUAUAUAUGCAAUGUGUGUGUUUUCUGCUUGGCGAGAAACACGAGAAAUAAAAACGACCCAUCUACAC